GCAGAUCGAAAGAGUUUCCCUCUCGCCCCUCUGCUGAACAACAAGCCACUGACUUCUCGUCAGUCGACGUUGAAGACUGCUACGUACAUACGUGUAUAUGCUCGACACAAUUCGGUGUUGGCUGCUCGCAACCCGUUCAUCGUACGAUCUAUCUGCACGAUAUAUCGAGAGAAAAAGUUCUGCGCGAAGAGGAGAGAGAGAGAGAGAGAAAGAGAAGGAGAAAGAGGGGGUUCGCGGCACGCCGAGAGAGUUCAAGGUGUUGCACAACUUUGCGUCAGGCUGUGUUUCUCUCUGAGAAAUCCUCGACUGACAGAAAGAACAGCAGCAAAAUUGACAGUGAGUGUCGUAGCUUUGACACGAAGCGAAGAAUCAAUCAGUUUGGUGGCGUGACAUAGCGCGAUUAUACGGAGAUCGAGAGAACUAGACGAAACGAGCGCGCGUCUCGAUUACAUGUAGCUCUACCUAUCCACAGAGAUCACGUGGGAAAAAGACAUACAAUCGAUACAGAAAACACUGUUUGCUUCCAGUAGCACGCACGGUUAUUUGUUUAUCACGACUCACUUGAACGUGUUUAACGCCUUCGAACCGAUUGAUUGGCGGCAAAAAAUGUUGACAGGACACGUUUGUUUCGUUAACGCAUUCCAGAAUUAAAUUCCUGCCAGAAGAUAACCGUGUGCGUGUGUAAAGUCUAAAGUGGUCGUUCGCGAUCUCGUUCAACGUGGUUCGGUGACCGAUCGCGUGUGCGCGCGCGCGCACUCUCUUCGGUCCGAAGAAAGAACAAGAAGUAGUGGUGGAGUAGGGCAGAAGAAAAGGAAGAAGGACGCCAAAGGAGAAGGAGAACCGGGAGAAAAGGAAAAGAGGGAGGCACGCCGCGUGGACACAGCCGUACGAUCGUGUCUGUUUCGUUCGUUUUACCGCUUUUCGAGCUUGAGCGUGGUAGAUGAAGACUCGGGAAAGUUUCAGUUAAUAUCUGAUUUUUCCGAUACGUGUUUCUCUUGUUUCUUUUCUCUUUUGUUUUUUUUUUCGUUCGUGAACGAUUCUACCACGUGGGAAUAACCGUGCGAAGGAGAAGAAAACAUACGAGGAUUGUAAACAACCUAACGCGUUUGAUUAAAGAAAACAAUCAUGUAUAAACUACUAGGAGGUCUUGGACAAUACUUGAAAUGGCAGGAAAUCACAACAGAUUCUAUGGUGUUUCGGUUACACAACCACUUUACAACGGUGCUACUUUUCACGUGUUCGAUGGUAAUCACGGCCACCCAAUACGUAGGCAAUCCAAUCUCUUGCAUCGUUCAGGGUUUACCCACGCACCCUAUCAACACUUAUUGCUGGAUAACUUCUACAUUUACUAUGCCGGACGCAUUUAAUCGGCAGGUUGGUCUAGAGGUGGCGCAUCCAGGAGUAGCGAACGACUUCGGCGAUGUAGAUGCGAGGAAAUAUUAUACUUAUUACCAAUGGGUGUGCUUUGUGUUAUUCUUCCAGGCGGUACUAUGCUACGUUCCACAAUGGUUGUGGAAUAUGUGGGAGGGCGGUUUGAUCAACGCACUGGUUAUGGGUAUGAAUCAUGGUCUCGAUCACGAGGAUAAUAUUCAAAAAAAGAAAUCUAUGCUUAUGGUUUAUUUAAUGCAAUAUAGAAAGACGCACAACACGUAUGUGUACCGGUAUUUCGCCUGCGAGGCCCUCUGCCUUGUCAAUAUUUUCCUUCAACUGUACCUGAUGAAUCGAUUUUUCGACGGCGAGUUCCUCAGCUAUGGACUGCGAGUCUUACAAUUAUCCGACGUUCCACAGGAAGAACGUGUAGAUCCUAUGGUCUACGUCUUUCCACGCGUUACCAAAUGCAUAUUCCACAAGUAUGGUGCAUCAGGGACCAUACAGAAGCACGACUCUCUAUGUAUCCUACCGUUGAACAUCGUCAACGAGAAAACGUACAUUUUCAUCUGGUUCUGGUAUACCAUCCUAUCGAUUUUGUUGAUCGGCUUGAUGGUCUACAGAGCCGCCAUAAUCUUCGCCCCAGCCGUCAGACCAAGAUUGCUUUGCCUGUCAUCACGACUUCUCUCCAUAGAAACCUGCAACAGUAUCAGCAAGAAGAUUGACCUUGGCGAUUGGUGGCUUCUCUACAUCCUCUCCUCUAACAUGGACUCGUUGAUCUACAGGGAUUUCUUGCAAGAGCUUACUAAAAAAAUGAGCGAUUCACAUUCAGUCGUUGCCUAGGUGUUACACUUUGCUAUUGUUUUAUUAUACAAUU